CAUACCGUAGGUAUAGUGAAUGAAUCUUGUAUAUCCAAACCUAAAUUAAUCGAAGUUCAGUUCUUCCUUUAGAUACUCACUAGAUAUUCCAACCACGACGGGCUGUGCCGCCAAGAAAACAUAAUGAGCACAGCAAAUUGAAGCGGCAGAGUAUCCCGCCUCCGAGAAAGUCAGAACCAGAUUCGUUGGACUGUCCUAAACAACUAACAAACUCCUCAUGAGCACAAAUAGCGCACGCAUCUUCAAAUCCUGUAAAAAAAAAGAGAGAGAGAGAAAAGAAAACAGAGCAGAAAAAUAAAAUAAAACAACAGUCUGCUGUAGGAGAAUCUAAAAAUUGAGAGAGAGAGAGAGAUUUGCAGAGAUGGCGUUACUCCAGUAAAACCGAUUCGCUCAACAGAUGGAUUACUGUCUUGGGGGUGAGAGCCCGGCAGUUCUGCAGCUCCAUAAAUGGGGUCCCUCUCAGUUCAAUAUUGACUUGUCGGAAUUUCGGGAAGGUUUUAUAUCGCCGACGAGGGAGCUUUUGCUGUUACUGUCUUAUCAAUGUGAAGCCUUGCUCCUUCCUUUAGUUGCCGGCAAAUAUACUCGAAAAAUCCUUAUGUUUCUGUAUUUUGUUACGGUAUGCUUUGGUUGUGGUUUUCGUUACAUAUUGGUUUGUUGUUAUUCUGUAAUCAUUUUGGCAGGGGAAUCUGUAAGCAAUCGUGUUUCAGAAACUUUGAAUGAUGAAAGGCUUCAAUGUCGAUCUUCAGCAGCUUUCAGCUCCGAAUCAUGGACAGAACCUAGAAGGUCAGAUUUGAAGGAUGAUAUUCCAUGCACUAGUGCAUCAGUAAAGGAUUUUGAUAAUGGUUUUUCUCUUGAACACGAAUUUUCAAUAUCUAAUAAUUCUCGUUUUGUUUGUGAUGUGGAUUCAAUGGCUUGGGGUGUGUGUGGGGAUACUUAUAAUCAGCACAAGGAGGCUUCAUUUAGAGAGUUUCUAUUUGUGUCUUGUAGCAAUGGUGUUACAGUGCAUGCUUUCCGUAAGCCUGAUAUUGAUGGCGGAACAACUAAAUCUGCACUUGAUGAUGAGUUUGGUCAGGGGAGGUGGGUUGAUUGGGGCCCUUCCUCUGCACCAGCUAAAAAUUUGAAGGAUCGGGGCUCUUCAGGCUUGUGUUCUGAAGGCACAUCUACCGUCGUGGCUGAUAACAGGGCCAAUGGAAACAGAGGAAGUCUGCAAGACAUGGAUAAGGAAUAG